CCUGGCGAUUUCAUAUACUCACUCUUGUGUCACAACAUUAACACGUCAGCUCGGGCCUGGUCUACUGUUGCUUUGCAAGCAGUCGUUUCAGCCACCGUCUGACAGUCGUGGUUUGAGCUGCGGCCCCAAACCACGCGACAGUACUUUUUUGAAAAUCCUUGAACCAACGCUUGACGCGAAGGCUACAAGUCGCAUUCGUGCGCCAAAUUAAGACGAGAUGGCGAACAAGCAGGGGAAAAUGCAAAAUCUGAUCAACUAUCGCAUGCGGGUAACUCUCAAUGAUGGUCGACAGAUGACAGGCCAGAUGCUGGCUUUUGACAAACACAUGAACCUCGUCCUCGCCGAUACCGAAGAAUUCCGCAAAGUCAAACGCAGAGCAAAGUCUUCAGCGCCAGCAGCUCCAGGAUCGGCGGCAGCCGCAGCCGUCGAAACAGAAGAAAAGAGAACACUGGGUCUUGUCAUUUUGCGAGGAACAAACAUUGUGUCUAGCAGCGUCGAAGGCCCGCCGCCAUCAGAUCCUUCGUCGAGACUUGGCCAAUCCGCACCCGGUGGUGCUGUGUCAACGCUUCAGGCAGGUGUGGGCAUCUCAAAGCCAGCUGGUCGCGGUCUUCCGGUCGGAUUAGGAGGUCCAGUGGCAGGUAUUGGAGGUCCACCACCGCCAGGCGGCUUUGGUGUUCCACCAGGAGGGUUUUCCGGAGCACCUCCACCAGGCUUUGGAGGAAGAGGUGCACCAGCUCUUGGAGGUCCUCCUCCCGGAUUUGGCGGCCCUCCUCCAGGCUUUGGUGGUCCACCUGGCGGUGCGCCUGCUGGAUUUCAACCACCACCAGGCUUCCAGGGUGGCCCUCCAGGUCAAGGACGUGGAUUUCCCCCACCAGGAUUCGGGAGGUGAUCAUGGUCGUCGCAGUCGGAAUUGCUUUGGAUUAUGAGAAAAUGUGCGUAGGGAUGCGAAGCUGCACCUUGCAGUCCAGUUCCGCGACUGAACUUCUGCCACGCACAGUGAGGAACUCCUUUGUGGGGGAUGCCUCUCGACUUGAUGGGUCAAAGUCAGACAGACCACAUGAUGACCUGUCUCUAAUAAAGACCCUGGCCAUUGGCUCAUACCGAUACGCAAAUCACAAUGGAGGAUCCAAAAUAGCAUUCAUGAGGCACAGCAUCACACAGCAGCCUGACGGUAUUGUUGGGGAUUCUCCAACCUGGAAGGUUGCACCGCUGAGAUGAACAGGUACCUCAGCAGCCAGGAAGGCCGUGUCCGUGCAGGAUACAGAAGAUAGCAAUGACAUUCAAUGGCGCUUUCUAUGGGCUUGUGAGUCUGUAUAUUUGCAAGACACGAAAACUCAGGCGUUGUUGACGUCUGUAGGCCGUCGACUCAGCACCUUCAAAGUGACGCUUUGACUUCAUGAUUACGUCUUAU